AUAUCUACAUUGACCAUUACUCCCCCCUCCCCCCCUCCCUCCCCCUCCCUCUCCCUCCAAGUCAUUUAAUUCAUGUUUCCUGUUUGUGAGACCAAAGUAGACCUCUAAGUUUGCAAAAUACUAGAGAAAGACAGGGGUAUGCAACCUAGACUUAUGACGCACAACAGAAUAAUUUUUAAACCAUUAUGCAUCUGAAUCUGAUCUGAAUCCAUUUCAUAAAUGUCAUGUAAACACGUUUUUUUUGUUUGUUUGUUUGUUUUGGUUUUUUUGCACAGAUUUUCAUUUUAGGUCUGCAUUUUAAGUUUUGAACACACGUUCUUUGAAAACAGCUUUUCUGAGGUUUAGUCCAGCCAUACUCUAGGGCUAUGUGGGAAUCCUUAAAAGUCCUAUGUAUCACCUACAAUAGAGGGUUUCACUUGCAGAGUGUGUUCCUCUGGUAAAGUAAGAACCCUUUAUGUCUAAGAGAGAAAGUUUGUUCAAAACACAAGCUGUAGGCAGGUCAAAAAUCAUUUCAGCGACAUUUUAAACUCAUCACUCUUUUAUUUUUAUUUUAUUUUAUUUAUUUUUUUUGUGCCGGUGACGGAUAAACCAUGUUCUUUCGCUGAUAUUCAAUCCUCUGAGUGGGAGAUAAACAAAGAUAAAUCAGGGAGGAUCCAUUCCGUCCUCUGCCCUCAGAUUUCAGGAGGGGUUUGGAAAUUUUGGCAUCAGGAUUUGACAUUCAUUCUCUUAGGUGUGCAGAGAAUGUACAGAGUUCUCACAUUUUAACUCCACUUGAUAGCACAAGACAUUGACAUAGCUGGAGGCCUAGAAAGACUUGCCAAGGUCAACAAACAGCAAAGGGAAAUUUUUAUGAAAAACAUACCAGAACUGACAUCAUAACGCAAAACCAAACACAAGACCUCAAUAAAAGUUAAAAGAAAACAGACAGAGCUGUUCUGUACACUUUCUUUUCUUUUUUUUUUUUGAGUGGCACAACUGCACGGCUGUUUUUCUUUUCCGCGUCAUUAAACGAACGCCAAACUUAGUUUGAGACUCACUUUGUGCAAAACGCCUCCAAAGGAACCUUUACGAAGGCGGAACUCGUGCGUGUCCGCUCGCGUGCGCACCGUGAACGCGUAAACUGCGCUCGAGAUUUCUUUCUUUCUUUAUUAUUAUUAUUAUUAUUAUUAUUAUUAUUAUUAUUAUUAUUAUUAUUUUAUCCAUGUGCACUUCUGCCCCAAUAUACUCACUCACUGGACACCUUGCCUCCUGCAUCUCUUGGCUUCAACAAAUCCUCAUUUCCAGCUGUGCCUCAUAAGCAGAACCGCGCGCGCGUGCGCGUGCGCGCGCGUUUGUGUGAUACAGUGGCUGGAACGAUGCGAGCUUUAAGGUUUUCUGCUAUUCACAAACACCUGUAUAAAUUAGCUGCAGGUGGAUUUCAUUUAUUUUGAACGAUUCUCUGCUGGAUGAUGCUCCCAACACAAGCGCACCUUCUUCUUGUCUUCACUCUCACCGGUCGCCUGUGGUGUGUGAUGGCCAGUCCUCUUGUGAUGGACCCAAACAGCAUUUGCAGGAGGAGUAAGCCGGCAGGAGGUGUACAAACUGAACUGUGCCAAACACAGCCUGAAAUAAUCCAAGAAGUUGCCAAAGGGGCACGGUUGGGAAUACGCGAAUGCCAACACCAGUUCCGCCAUCAGCGAUGGAACUGUACAGGUCAUGGCAAGAGUCUAGGCAAGAUCCUGCAACAAGAUAUUCGGGAGACGGCUUUCGUAAAUGGCAUCAUGGCUGCCGGAGUGCUGCAUGCGGUAACACGGGCCUGCAGCCAGGGUGAGCUGCUACAGUGUGGCUGUGUGGCUAUUAAGAGCUCUUCUGGUAGCCCCAAUGAGCAGGCUAAAGAGAGUCCAAACCCUGCUCUCCAGAACCAACACUGGGAGUGGGGGGGUUGCGGGGAUGAUGUGGACUUUGGAUACAAGAUUUCCCAGCAGUUCAUGGACACCAGGAAACGGAAGGGCAAGAGUGAUAUCAGGAGCCUGAUUGAUCUGCACAACAACGAGGCAGGCAGACUGGCUGUAAAGACCAAUAUGCGCACCGAAUGUAAAUGUCACGGCCUCUCUGGCUCCUGUACACUCAGCAGCUGCUGGAGGAAGUUGCCUCUGUUCCGCCAGGUUGGAAAUCAUCUCAUGCAGAGCUUCCAAAUGGCAGUUCGUGUGAUGGGUGGCAAUGACGGCAAAUCCCUCGUCCCCCUGGACCGGGAUGUCCCACCCCUGGGUGCCCACAGUCUCAUCUAUUCAGAUGAAUCCCCGGAUUUCUGCGUGGCCAAUCGCAGGACAGGAUCUGAAGGGACACGCGAUCGGGUGUGUAAUGAUACAGAGACAGGUCCCGGAGCCUGUGAUUGGCUGUGCUGCAAUAAAGGAUAUACCGAACACACUCUUGAGUAUGAGGAGAACUGCCAGUGCCAGUUUCAGUGGUGUUGUGUGGUACAAUGUGAACGGUGUGCCAUUAGAAAAAAGGUCAACGUCUGCCUUUAGACUCUACAGAGCGCAUUAAACUGUAGAUUCUCUGUCGCACAGACUAAACCCAGGCGGAAAUAUGACUCCUCCAAUGUGUUCUCAUCAACCCAAUAUUUCUGAAAUUCCCCAAAUGCUGACUCAUAUCAGAAGGACAAACAGAUAUACUCACAAGAGACAUGGCCAUCAGAGACAGUUGUACAUUCUUCGAGCCCAAACUUUUUUUCCUGCCCGCAUGCAAUAAUUUUGGGACACAUGCGUA